AUGCCAGACAAAGACGAGGUCAAGGAUGAUCUGCAACGCCGCAGGGAACAGCCGAGUAACAAUGGUGAGACGAUCGACCUGGCGAUGGGAAUGACGAGGUGGUUGGAGGUAGAAGGAAAGAACGCCGAAGAUCAUCAACCCCAUCGCACAUACCUCAGAAGAAGAAAAACAAGACUGGUGGCAGCAAGCGGAGAGGUUCUCCUCGUCCGGCGGUUCGAGCUUCCUCGCUACGGCGUCACAGCACUGUCGUCGUCGAUCGUCGUCGUGUCGAGCGCUGCCUACGUCCGAGCAGCUGUCUGUUCUGCAGCUCUGGCGUUCUGCUGCCUCUCCUCGUUCCGUACAGCAACCACCAGUAACUUCGUUCGCACUACAAUAGCCUCGAUAACGACGGCGGCAUUCUGUCGCCAAGCACGACGCACGAACAGCGAGACGACGGCGAGGCGAGGCGAGGCGAGGCGCGGUUUGGCCGUCCGUCCGUCCGUCCGUCCGGCCGGCGGUCCGGUCCUCCUAGGCGUAAACAUACGUUCGUCCGGCCGCCGGCUGACCGAUGGUCAGCAGCAGCAGCAGCAGCGCUGA